AUGCCAGGUCGAAAAAUUCGCUUAACUUCCGGAUCGUCGCUUAUCAUCAUCGGUACUUCGCUUACAAAUUCAGCGUCGAAAACAAUCAAAGCUGAUUUCCUAAUCGUUGCACACUUUAUUUCAGUAUCCGGCUCAUCAACUGCCAAACGACAUCAUCAUCACCAUUCAGCAAAAUCACCGAAGCUAACGCGCACAUCGGCAGUUCGACAUCAUGAUACAGACCAUCUUUCACCAAUCUUUUCCAACAAAUCCAAGUUCGGUGGAGAAAAUCACCUCUUCGAUGAUCAUCUCUACGGAGGUGAUCCAACCAAAACACCAUAUGACAUCAUCGAGCAUGACGUCGCCAUCUUAAGCCAAAGAAAGGAUCUGCCACCACCUGAUUCAUUCGAUGCAUUGCAAAUCGGUAGUGAGAGAUUACGAACAAUAAUUGCUGCACUUCAUUGUAAUAUUGGCAUGUGUCGUGAAGAUCUUCUCCGGAAUCUGGAUUACGUUGCCAAUAUUCUUGAAGCUGUUCAUCAAGAUGAAACUCGGUAA